AUGGACUCAGAUAUGGAUUAUGAUCUGCGACAACAGCGGCAGCAACAACAACUGCAAACGCCGAAUUAUCGGCAGCCGGAAAGCAUCCAGCAGCCUCGACUGAUGCAGCAACAAAAUCCCUAUGAUAAUAGGCACCAACAGAAUAUAUACAUGAACCACGAACAGCAGCAACAACAGAUGGAUUAUGGACAAAUGGGGAACAAUUACAUGCCAUUGCAGCGACCAGUGACUCCAUAUGGCAACACAUAUAUGCCGCAGCAGAAUUCACAGACCAAUUUGUCCACUGUGAGCAACUCGCCAGUGAUGCAAUCGAUGUCGACAUUUAGAGACGAUAGUGUUCCGGAUCUGGCCCCUCCAACUUCUGUAAAUGGACAUAAUUCGCCGUUGCAGAGAGAUGGAUCCGGAUUCAGCAAUUACCAACAGCAACAACAACAGCAACAGCAGCAUGGAUACGGAAUGCAGGAUCGGAAUUUUGCAGAAACUCCAAACAGAGACAGAUCUCCAAUUAAUGGAGCUGGCCCGAACAUCAAUUCUUCUCACCUGAAGGAUGUCCAGGAUUAUGCAAAUUCACCAAGCACUGUUGUGAGCAACGACAGAUCCAGUGCCAGCAGCAAUACACCUUCAAACUACGUUUAUUUUGAGCGGCACCCCGAGUGGUUUUCAAGAGCUGCCCAGGACAGAAGUGCAGCGGUGAAACUUACACUUGAGAAUUAUUACAAGACUGCCAUUGAGCAUGCCAUCGAGCGAAAUCAGCGUCGUAUCAAGUUUGAGCAGAAGAUCAACGGAGAGAUAUCUGCCGAGCGGAGAAAUAGAGAAACACAACUGUUCAGCAAGAACGAGUCACACUACUUGCGUCUUAGAAGAACAAGGCUCUCUCUUGAGGAUUUCCACACGGUCAAGGUGAUCGGCAAAGGAGCAUUCGGAGAAGUCCGGCUAGUCCAGAAGAGAGACACGGGAAAAAUAUACGCGAUGAAGACGUUGUUGAAGAGCGAGAUGUACAAGAAGGACCAGCUAGCACACGUUAAAGCUGAAAGAGACGUGCUAGCGGAUGCAAACUCACCAUGGGUGGUGUCCUUGUACUACUCGUUCCAGGAUCCACUAUAUCUCUACCUGAUUAUGGAGUUUCUUCCCGGAGGGGAUUUGAUGACGAUGCUCAUCAAAUGGCAGAUCUUCACAGAGGACGUGACUCGUUUCUACAUUGCCGAGUGUGUUCUUGCCAUCGAGGCCAUUCACAAGUUGGGAUUCAUACACAGAGACAUUAAGCCCGACAACAUCUUGAUUGACCGACGUGGACACAUCAAGCUGUCGGACUUUGGCCUAUCUACAGGCUUCCACAAGACUCACGAUUCAAACUACUACAAGAAGCUUUUGGACCAGGGGCCGGCCAAGGCAGGUUCCCGAAAUUCGGUGACUGUUGAUCCAAUCAGCCUGACCAUGACCAACCGUCAGCAGAUGCAGACUUGGAGAAAGUCGCGUCGAUUGAUGGCAUAUUCCACGGUGGGAACUCCAGACUAUAUUGCACCGGAGAUCUUCGUCAACAAAGGUUAUGGCCAGGAGUGUGACUGGUGGUCUCUAGGUGCAAUCAUGUUUGAGUGCUUAGUGGGUUGGCCACCUUUUUGCUCUGAAACUCCAGCCGAAACAUACAGAAAGAUAAUGAAUUGGAGAGAGACCCUGCAGUUUCCGGAUGACGUUCAUUUAAGCCCGGAGGCAGAGGACUUGAUCCUGCGUCUGUUGACCGAUGCAGAGCACCGGCUUGGCAUUCAUGGUGCUGAUGAUAUAAAGAGACAUCCAUUUUUCAGAGGUGUCAACUGGGAUGAGAUUCGGAAUGUUGAAGCACCAUUUAUUCCUAAGCUUCGCUCUAUUACGGACACCAGGUUCUUCCCAACAGACGAGUUGGAAAAUGUUCCAGAUUCGCCUGCUUUGGCACAGGCCGAGAAGGAGAGAGAUAGACUUAAGAGAGAAGGCCUGGAAACCAAGGCUGAUCUUCCAUUCAUUGGCUACACGUACAGUAGAUUCGAAUAUUUGACAAAAUCAAAUGCUUUGUGA